UAUAAAGGGAAAUCACAGAGAUGUUGUUGUGGGCAUUGACAACAUCAACCUGCAGACAUACAGUAGAAAAUAAAGACAAAGAAAAUGGUGGGCACAAAUAUUGGGACAUCAAAAUCUGACCAAAGUCCGAAGAGCUUAACAAACAUUGAAAUCUUUGAGAUAUGCAUAUAUUUUGUCAUCUUAGUCGUAGGUGUCAUUGGAAAUGGACUUGUCAUCUUUGUGACCGGCUACAAAAUUAAGAAGACAGUCAACUCCAUUUGGUUUCUCAAUUUGGCGAUUGCAGACUUUAUUUUUAUUUCGUUCUUGGUUUACAACAUAGUUUUUGUCUUUGACAAGAGUAUACUUUUGGACUUGAACAAUCACAUGAAUGCAUGUUUGUAUUUUGGUUUUGCACUAAAUAUGUCUGCAAGUGUUUUCUUUCUGACAGUUAUCAGUGUGGAUCGAUGUCUGUGCACAUGGUUUGUUGUUUGGGCUCAGAACAAACGAACUUUAGUCAAAGCCAGAAACAUCAGUCUAUUUGUGUGGAUUUUAUCCAUCCACUACAGCAUCCCUUUUGGCUUUGUUGAGUAUGUACAGGAUGCUGGAAAUGUCAACGAUGUCUAUAUGUCUCUGUUCACAUUCAUGCUUAUUAUGGGAUUUGUAAUUCCCUUUAUAAUCAUUGUAUCUUCAUACAUAGCUAUUGGUGUGCGAGUAAAACGUCUCAAAACAGGAAGGCAGCUUCGUCCUUACCGGAUCAUAUCUGUGAUUCUGGCUUUUUUCAUAUGCUGGUUUCCUUUCCAUGUUCAGCAAUUGUGUUUAACAAUGGCAAUGAAGAAUAACUGGGGUGACAGUGCUAAAGAGAAAAUUAAUUCUGCAGGACCUUUUGUUUCCUGCCUGAUAUAUUUAAACAGUUGUCUGAACCCCAUUCUCUAUGUGUUCAUGUGUGAUGAGUAUAAAAAGAAACUUAAAAAGUCUCUCCUGCUGGUGUUUGAGGGGGCUUUUAUUGAGGAGCAAAUUUUGGGUUUGAGAUCAACUUCACUUCCUCAAAACUCUCAAUGUCAGCAGGUAGUAAAUGUACAGACAGAAGAAACAACCAUCUAAACCGUUGCUGGCAGCAAGAGAACAUUUUUUUUUUUACAUUGGCCUUUAGAUGAUUGGAGAUAUACAUUUGUAAUUUGGAGAUUAAGAUUUCGCAAGAACUCCUCCAUUGUGUGUUCAGACAAACAGAAAGUCUCACCGCAAGCUCUUGCCAACAGCUCAAUGUAUCGAUGAAGAAGAAGUGAAGAAUCAACCUACAAAUCUCUUACUUAAGUUAACUCUAUAACUGAAUUUUGUUAUGCACAAUUAUAUGUUGUAACAUUAUUAGUGCAAAUCUUUCUUUUUUUAAAUCUUAUCUUAAAACUAUCUAAGCUUAUCUUAUCUAAAUCUAAGCUUAUAGCUAAAAAUCACAUUUGAAGAACAUUUUGCAACAUUUCUCAAUAUAAAGGUCAUUUUAUUCUAAAUUGUGUCUUUAUCUUAUUUAAACCUUUACUUUCACUGUGAUAAAAACAGAUCAAAUAUAUCAGGUUGAACAUAACAGUUACAGAUAUGUGUAGUUAUUUGUCCAAAUGCAGUUACACCCCUUACAGUUUUAGGUACAAUAUAGAUGAUGUAUAAAAUGCAUAGACUAAUGUGGGGUUAGUAACACACUGUUUACAUUGUUGCACAAGAUUGAGCUAGUUGGUUUUCUCGUUAUUUUUCACGCUGCCAAAAGACAGUCUCCCGCAAAUUUAUGGAAAGGAAUAAUGUUUUUCAAUAGAGUUAUUGAUGAAAGAGAUUUUUUGUUUGUUUGUUUCUGAGUUGAGUGUGUAAGAUACCAAAUCCAAUGUUAUGUUAUGUCAGUGUCUUGUUGACUAAAACAUAGCAUCAUGUCUGCAGCUCUUAGCAACUUUUUUUGUAGUCUUGAAUAUAUUUUCACCCAAAGGGGUUAGUGGGAACGCUGUGUUACAACUAAUCCCAUCAUUAGGGGCAGACUGGGACAAUAAUUCAGGUUGGGAAUUUGACUCCAUCCCAGGCCACCUUGAUUGCUGCCAUCACCAUGUUCCACCGAACUUGGUAAUUUUAUAGGUUAAUAUUAUUGUAAGGACCGUCAUUGUCAUGUGUUUAGUCUUCAUCGUGUAUAGUGUUUUCACUUGUGUGUAAUCAUCACCCCAUUAACCUGAUUGUCUCCACCUGUAGUCCUGUGUAUAUAUUCCCCUCUUUGUCGGUUAUUGUCUAUUGUGCAUGCACAUUCCUGUUAUGUUCCUGAGUUUUUAUUAAAGUU